CCUCUCAUUCCCCUGCUCUCCCCUCUUUCCCCCCCUCCUCCUUCCUCUCCCAACCAAGCAAAAACUCUGAAUAAAAGAGAAGAAGGGGGCCUCCAAAAGCUCUAGAACCAUGUCCUGCUCCAAUCUCACAAUGUGGGCAUCUCCCAGACCCUCGCUUCGCCCUGAUUUCGACUCCCUUUGUUCCCGCUCCCUCAUCGCCCCCUCCCGGCUCUUCUCGGCAUCACCUUCGCCCUCCUCCCACCGCGUUCCGUCGACCGCCGUCCAUUGCGGCCUCCGCGAGCUCCGCGGGCGCAUCGACUCCGUGAAGAAUACCCAGAAGAUCACCGAGGCCAUGAAGCUCGUCGCCGCCGCUAAGGUCCGCCGAGCCCAGGAGGCCGUCGUCAGCGGCCGCCCCUUCUCCGAGACACUCGUCGAGGUCCUCUACAACAUCAACGAGCAGCUCCAGACCGAGGACGUCGACAUCCCCCUCACCAAGGUCCGCCCCGUCAAGAAGAUCGCCCUCGUCGUCGUCACCGGCGACCGCGGCCUCUGCGGCGGCUUCAACAACUACAUCAUCAAGAAGGCCGAGUCCCGCAUCGCCGAUAUCAAGAAGCUCGGCCUCGACUACACCGUCAUCAGCGUCGGCAAGAAGGGCAACACCUACUUCCAGCGCCGCCCCUACAUCCCCGUCGACCGCUUCCUCGUGGGCGGCAGCCUCCCCACCUCCAAAGAAGCUCAGGCCAUCGCCGACGACGUCUUCUCCCUAUUCGUCAGUGAGGAGGUCGACAAGGUGGAGCUCCUCUAUACUAAAUUCGUCUCCCUCGUCAAGUCCGACCCCGUGAUCCACACCCUCCUCCCCCUCUCCCCCAGAGGUGAAAUCUGCGAUAUCAAUGGCGUGUGCGUCGAUGCCGCCGACGAUGAGCUCUUCCGGCUCACGACCAAGGAGGGGAAGCUGACGGUGGAGCGCGAGACCGUCCGGACCCCGACACCAGCCUUCUCGCCGAUCCUUCAGUUCGAGCAGGACCCAGUUCAAAUACUUGAUGCUCUGCUGCCGCUGUACCUCAACAGCCAGAUUCUCAGGGCCUUGCAGGAGUCGCUGGCGAGCGAGCUCGCUGCAAGGAUGAGCGCGAUGAGCAAUGCAACGGACAAUGCCAUUGAGCUGAAGCGAUCCCUGUCGAUUGCCUACAAUAGGCAGCGGCAGGCCAAAAUUACUGGGGAGCUCUUGGAGAUUGUCGCUGGUGCUGACGCCCUCACCUAGUCUGGAUUGGAAUGCUUUGGCUACACAACAACAUUCAACCAUAUACUUCUACUUCACCUUAUGAAGGGGCGUCAACAAAUCCUCAGAAACGGGGACAUCUUUUCAUAGAACUUGAGGUUAAUAGACUAGGAAAAUGUUGGUAUCCAUUUCUUGAUUAAAAUCUGAUUGCUUCUUGUGCCUUCACGGUGCUUCUGAAUUUUCUUUUAGAAAUAAUUAUCUACAUGAAUUUUCCCAGCCA